UCACAAUAUCCCCCCAACGGAGUUCUUUUGGCUUCUUUCCCCUUUCCUUUUCAUAUUGAGGAAGUUGUCAAGCAUCUAUCUCAAUUCCGUUCAAGGCAACUUCGUCUAUCCAUUCUACCUCUUAAUCAACCAACAUCUUACGAAUUUAACGACGUUUAACGAAUCUUCUUGAAUAACUCUCUCUCUCUUCUACAUAUAUUAGAGCACCCUACCACCAUCAUAGUGCGGUCACUCCCACUCUUUUGCCGCAAAAUAUACAUCAACCCGCGACUACAAGUAUCGAACUUCUUUCUCUUGCAAACGAUCAUAACAUACAAUACAGUUUCCAAUUUUUGAUACAAAGUCAAACAUUCUAUACUUCAAUCCAAACAUACAACCAUGGCGGGGCCAGAGAACACUAAGCAAUACGUUCCUUUGACAUGCCAUGGUCACUCAAGACCUGUUACGCAUAUCAGCUUCUGUGGAUUUGUGGACGGAAAGGAUGAUGAGUAUUACAUGAUAUCAGCAUGUAAAGAUAACAACCCUAUGUUGAGAAGUGGUAUCAAUGGCGAUUGGAUUGGUACUUUUUUUGGGCACAAAGGCGCUGUUUAUCAAGCUAGACUUUCUCCGGAUGCCAAAUAUGCUGCGACUGCUUCUGCAGAUUUCACUGCAAAAGUUUGGGAUACAUAUACCGGAGAAACUCUUUAUACUAUCCAGCAUCAGCAUGUCGUUCGAGCUGUCGCAUUUCCUCCGGAUUCCGGUACCACUCUUGCGACAGGAGGAACUGAUAAGAAACUUUUCAUUUUCGACCUCACAAAACUCAAUUCUACGGGUGCAAAUGGCACAAGUUCUAAUGGCAAUGGAAGUGACACUACAAAUAUUUCCCAAGAUGAUGGCUUCGAGAUUGGACCGGGUGUUCACAAAGGAACAAUCAAGGCUGUCGUUUGGACCCGGGACCCAAAUAUCAUUGUUACGGCAGCAGAUGAUAAAGUGAUAAGAUGGUGGGAUUUACGCUCGCAAUCUGUUGUUCAAGAACAAAAAGUUGACGGCGAUAUUGGUUCAUGCGAAUUUAGCAACAUUGCCUCUGGACCAGGAGAUAUUGGUGAAGGAUUACCUAUUCUGUCAAUUGCUGCAGGAAAAACUUUAUAUUUCUAUGGUGGACCAGCUGCAAACACACUCGUCAAGAAGGUUGUCUUGAAUUAUGAGGUUGCUAGUGUAGCUAUUCAUCCACUUCAGAGAAAAUAUAUUACUGGUGGAAUUAAGGAUACAUGGGCGAAGGUCUAUGAUUUCGAUUCUGAUCAAGAACUUGAUGUUCACAAAGGUCAUCAUGGACCGAUCUGGAGUAUCAGCUUUUCUCCCGACGGAAAAUUGUAUGCUACAGGUAGUGAAGACGGUACGAUUAAGAUGUGGAAGAAUUGCCCUGGUUCUUUCGGAUUAUGGAGAGCGGAAUCCUAGAGAAGUUGUAAUAAAUACGGCGCAGGCUCAAUGAGCAUACUGUACAAUACGAAUGCGAGCGUCGUUUUCAAGUGACAUGGAAGCGAAUCGCUAUGUCGAGCAGCGUAAAACGCCGACUUAUAUCGAGUGAUUUAGCAAAGGGAUGAGACCCUUAAAGCGACUUUAGAUGAAUAAAUAAAAUUCGUUCAAAGCG